AUGGAGGCCCCCGGGCCGAGCCGGGCCCCGACGUCGGGCCCCCCGGCCGCCAGCCCCCCGGCCGCCCAGCUGGCCACGGCCCUGGUCCUGGGCGCCCUGAUCGCCUGCUCGGCGGCGGGGAACCUGUGCGUGGUGGCGGCCGUGGCCCUGGAGCGGUCGCUGCACAACGUGGCCAGCUACCUGAUCGGCUCCCUGGCGGCCACCGACCUGCUGGUGUCCGUGCUGGUGCUGCCCAUGGCGGCCCUGUACCAGGUGCUGGGCCGCUGGACGCUGGGCCAGGCCGCCUGCGACCUGUUCAUCUCCCUGGACGUGCUGUGCUGCACGUCGAGCAUCCUGCACCUGUGCGCCAUCGCCCUGGACCGCUACUGGGCCAUCACCGACCCGGUGGCCUACGUGCACCGGAGGACCCCUCGCCGGGCCGCCGCCCUGGUGGGCCUCACCUGGCUGGUGGGCUUCCUCAUCUCCAUCCCGCCCGUGCUGGGCUGGAGGACCCCCGAGGACCGCGCCCGCCCCGACGCCUGCUCCAUCAGCCGCCACCCGGGCUACACCGUCUACUCCACCUUCGGCGCCUUCUACAUCCCGCUGCUGCUCAUGCUGGUCCUCUACGGGCGCAUCUUCCGCGCCGCGCGCUUCCGCAUCCGCAGGACGGUGCGGAAGGCCGAGGCCCCGGCCGGGGGCCGUCGGGGGGCCGGCCUGGCCGACACUUGCCUCGACGCCUCCCCGCCCGCGCCCUGCGCCAACGGGGCCCUGCGGCCGGGGGAUGGCGGGCUUGGCGGCCGGGCCCUGCUGCCCCUCCCCCGCGGGGGGCCGGGCCCCCCGACGGCCCCCGCCCCGGCCCGGCCCGCCGAGGCCAAGCGCAAGGCCGCCCUGGCCCGGGAGCGCAAGACCGUCAAGACCCUGGGCAUCAUCAUGGGCACGUUCAUCCUCUGCUGGCUGCCCUUCUUCAUCGUGGCCCUGGUCCUGCCCUUCUGCGAGCCCGCCUGCCCCAUGCCCGGCUCCCUGGGGGCCCUCAUCAACUGGCUGGGCUACUCCAACUCCCUCCUCAACCCCAUCAUCUACGCCUACUUCAACAAGGACUUUCAGAACGCCUUCAAGAAGAUCAUCAGGUGCAAGUUCUGCCGGCAGUGA